UUGAGAAAGAGAAAGAGGGAGCGGACAGAGGAGAGCAAAACAGUUGUUUUUCUAAGCCCACGGCUCACACAGAGACGUGUCUCACGAAAAGAGAGGGAAGAUUGUUUUUUUGUUUUCUUCUGUCAAUUUUCUCACACUGGAUCAUACGGAAUAAAAACCUUGUGAAACUGGGAUUAUCUUCAAUCUGAACUCAACAGUAAAACAGAUUUAAUCUCAGACUGAUUCUUCUUGUGGGACUCGUUCUAUUAGGAUCCUACUAGUUGUCUGGUGUGGAUAUCAUACCAGUCUGUCUCUGAGAUGGGGUCCAGAACUCUUCUACUUGUUCUGGGUCUUCAUUUCACUCUACUGGGGAACAUAGAGGCCAGAGAUUGCGGCCUGGGCUUCAUUGCCAAUGGGAGUCAACAAUGUGAUGAUACAGAUGAGUGUAAAGAGUGGGACAAUACCUCACCCUGUGGAAGUAAUGCCGCGUGUUUCAACACAUGGGGAAGCUUCUACUGUCACUGUCUACCUGGGUUCAGAUCCACAACGACUUUCAAGUUUACUCCUUUCGCUGGGGAGUGUAAGGACCUCAAUGAGUGCCUGGAGAAACCACCGGUUUGUGGCAGCAACACCAUUUGCCUCAACACCAUCGGGAGCUUCAACUGCCAAUGUCAACCUGGGUUCAGAGUUACUGACACUGGACACUGUGCAGACAUAGAUGAGUGUAAUGAGAUCGCUGGUAUCUGUGGAGUGGGCGGGGACUGCCAGAACCAGAAAGGAAGCUACAGUUGCCUCUGUCGCCCUGGAUACAGUAACUACGACAACAAACAGGCUCAGUGCUCAGUACUGACCUGUGACCAGUUCAAAGCGAAUGAGACUCCUGGACAGAAUGUCCCAGGUUUAGCUGGUCUCCUGUCUCUGAUGAGGAACAGCUGUCUGGCGUUAAGUAACUCUGGGGAAGCAGCCGGAGGGAGACUGACUGGAGAGGUGUUACUGGAGAAUGUCUUCACAGAGAUGGACGGCCUCUUGUCUCACGCUAUCCUAAACAACAGCCGGGAGGUGAGUGGUUUGCUAGGCACUGUGGAAGACACCAUGAGGUUCAUCGGGCCGCAGCUCAGAGACACCCACACCACCAUGGAGACAGACCACACAGCGACUGAGCUUGCAGUGAGGAGGGGACAGACUCCGCCCACUGGGCCAAUCAGCCUGGCCAAUGACAACGCUCGGCUGGACACCAGCUGGGAGACAGCCAUCGGCAACGGGACAUACCCAGGUUUCGCUCUGGCUGGGUUGGUGUGUUACAAGACAGUGGAGAAAUCUGUCAACAACUCCUUCCAGUACCUCACUGACACAGACAGAAAAACAGACACCGCAACCGCCACAGCAUCAAAGCCCAACUACCAGAUCAGUUCCAAGGUGGUAACAGCCUUUGUCAGUAACCCAGCAACAGACCACCUCACCCAGCCUGUCAUCCUCACCUUCAGAAAUCUACAGGUGAGGGCGGAGUCAGUGGAGAUGAACUACACCUGUGUGUUCUGGUCGGAGGGGCGUGUUCAGGAAGAGGGAGGGGCGUGGUCAAGUCGUGGCUGUACCAAAGUCACGUCUAACUCUACACACACCGUGUGUUCGUGUUCCCACCUUAGCAGCUUUGCUGUUCUCAUGGCCCUCUACCCUAUAAAGAACACCUUUGAGCUGUGUCUGUUGACGUGGCUGGGUCUGUCGGUGUCUGUGGUGUGUCUGUUGCUGUGCAUCCUGACCUUCUGGCUGUGUCGGUCCAUCCAGGGGACACGCACCACCAUCCACCUCCACCUCUGUGUCUGCCUCUUCAUCGCUGACCUCGUCUUCCUCAGCGGUAUCUCUCACACACAGAGCAAGGGAGGAUGUGGGUUUGUAGCAGGUCUCCUCCACCUGUUCUUCCUAGGAUCCUUCAGUUGGAUGUUGUUAGAGGGGGUUCAGCUCUAUCGCAUGGUGGUCCUGGUCUUCAACACUACCAUAAGACCUCUGUACCUGUAUACUGUGGGAUAUGGACUGCCACUGGCUAUAGUCAUCAUCUCUGCUAUCACCUACCCAGAUGGAUACGGUACCACACAACACUGUUGGUUGUCUCUGGAGAGAGGAUUCAUCUGGAGUUUCUUCGGCCCAGUGUGCACCAUCAUCAUCCUCAACGCUUUCUUCUUCAUCAUCACUGUCUGGAGGCUGGCCCAGAAGUUCUCUAGUCUCAACCCUGACCUCUCCAACCUACACAAGAUCAAGGUGUUCACAGUGACAGCAGUGGCCCAGCUGUGUGUGUUGGGUACUAUGUGGAUAUUUGGAGUGUUCCAGUUCCAAGAGGAGGGGACAGUGGUCAUGACAUAUCUCUUCACUAUCCUCAACUCUCUACAGGGAGCACUGCUGUUCAUCAUGCACUGCCUCCUGAACAAAACGGUUAGAGAGGAGUAUUGCAAGCUGCUGUCCUGUAUCUGUACACCACAGAAGAAGAGAUACUCAGAGGUCAGCACCACCAACCCUUCUUCCAGCCAAUCCCAGGGGUCAAGGAGCGCAGAGAACACGGGGGAGUCGCAGAUAUGACGUCACCAAACCCCCAUAAUGCACCUCUUUACCCCUCCUCCCACGACAAAGGUUCCCACUAGAUGGCCAAACUGUAAAGUCAAAAUGGUCAAUAUCGUAAACAUUUAUGAAAACAAAUAUUCGCGUUUAGCGGUUUGGUUAAGAUAUAUUGUAGAAAUGGGAAGUGUUUCUGAUUUAGUAUCUUGGCCAGAUAGUGACACACCAGAAACAUUCAGCCCGAGGAUAGUACUGUUCAGACCAAGUUAGUAGAAAAUGUGUCCAACUAGCCCGCCAGAUAGUAAAAAUGGUAGUCCACUAGCCAGGUUGGCCAGAGCCCAAAAUCCUUCCGUUCCAUCCCUGAUUAGACACUUCAUAUCAAACUUGAUGUAAAUUAACCACUGUCUUAUCAAGCAUUUGGUUAUCCAAUCAGAAGGUAUGUGAUCUUCAUGUCAUCCAAUAGGAAUGAGUAUGAUCUUUAUGUCAUCCAAUUAGAAGUUCUAUGAUCUUCAUGUCAUCCAAUAGGAAUCCAUAUGGUCUUUAUGUCAUCCAAUCAGAAGUUACACGAUCUUCAUGUCAUCCAAUAGGAAUGAGUAUGAUCUUUAUGUCAUCCAAUUAGAAGUUAUAUGAUCUUCAUGUCAUCCAAUAGGAAUCCAUAUGGUCUUUAUGUCUUCCAAUUAGAAGUUACAUGAUCUUCAUGUCAUCCAAUAGAAAUCUAUAUGAUAUUUAUGUCAUCCAAUACGAAUCUAUAUGCUAUUUAUGUCAUCCAAUAGGAAUCUAUAUGAUAUUUAUGUCAUCCAAAUGGAAUCUAUAUUAUAUUUAUGUCAUCCAAUAGGAAUCUAUAUGAUCUUCAUGUCAUCCAAUAGGAAUCUAUAUGAUCUUCAUGUCAUCCAAUAGAAAUCCUCUUUUUGAAAAUGUUCACAACCACAAAAGAAAGGUACUAUUUUCCACCACUUGGAUGACGUCAUAAACGUGAUGAACAGAAGCUUUCUUCCUUUACAUGAAUGUGAUACAUUUAUAGUCAUAUUUAUUACCAAGAGAACAAGAAAGGGGGACUUUUCUACACGAUUAAAUCCAGAGGGAUUUAGAAAAACAUUAAGUGAAGAUAUGUGUUAGUUGGGACCUAAUGGACUGUUUUACUGUAAAUGUGUAUUGAUCUUUAACACUUUUUAAAUAACAUUUAAGAAUAAGUCUUUAUAAAUGAAUAUACAUGUUUAUAAAUUAUUAUAAAUGUUGUACAUUUUUUAUGAAUGGAAGGCUGGUAAUAUUUACACAUUCUUAUAAAUGUUUACAAAUAUAAUUGUAAAUAGUUUAUAAAUCGUUAAAAGGUUUAUUCAUGAUAGUUAUUUUAAAGUGCUACCAUUGACACCUCUAUGUAUAUAAUGAGAUAAUAUAAGAUUUGUUGCGAUCACUUGCAGGGCUUCUGUCCAAAAACAGCAUUUAUCAACAGGAUUUUAGAAAUCAGGAGGGAAUAAACAGGAAAUCCGGAUUCUCCAACUGGGAUUGUCACUCAUGGCUCCACCUUAUCACUGGCCAACGAAAUAUAGUGUAGCAAUCCUGACCUGGACUUAAACCUGGGUAAGGCAACUGUUAACCUAACAAAUGAGCCGCUAUGCCAAGAGAUCCGAACAGCUUGACGAGGUUGCUAGGUGUUGGGUUAAAGUUGUUUCAAUAGUUGUAUAGGUUUAGGAAUAAAGUAGUAGCAAUGUACUGUACAGUUCUGCCAUUGUAGAGGUCUUUAGGCACAGAUCUAGGAUCAGAACACAGUAAAUGUACUGUACAGUUCUGCCAUUGUAGAGGUCUUUAGGCACAGAUCUAGGAUCAGAAUACAGUAAAUGUACUGUACAGUUCUGCCAUUGUAGAGGUCCUUAGGCACAGAUCUAGGAUCAGAACACAGUAAAUAUACUGUACAGUUCUGCCAUUGUAGAGGUCCUUAGGCACAGAUCUAGGUUCAGAAUACAGUAAAUUACUAUACAGUUCUGCCAUUGUAGGGGUCCUUAGGCACAGAUCUAGGAUCAGCUUACCCAACCCAAAACCUAACUUAAAGGGCUAUCCAGGAUUGGUACAUCCAGUUUUUUUUUACUUUUAAAUUAUUGAUUUAUUGCUCUUGGUUCUCGUAGAAUAUAACUUAAAACUGCCUUGUGACCAGGUCAACAGUCCUUCCCCAUCAGAACAUUGUAGAAUAUAAUUUAAAACUGCCUUGUGACCAGGUCAACAGUCGUUCCCCAUCAGAACAUUGUAGAAUAUAACUUAAAACUGCCUUGUGACCAGGUCAACAGUCCUUCCCCAACAGAACAUUGUAGAAUAUAAUUUAAAACUGCCUUGUGACCAGGUCAACAGUCCUUCCCCAUCAGAACAUUGUAGAAUAUAACUUAAAACUGCCUUGUGACCAGGUCAACAGUCCUUCCCCAUCAGAACAUUGUAGAAUAUAAUUUAAAACUGCCUUGUGACCAGGUCAACAGUCGUUCCCCAUCAGAACAUUGUAGAAUUUAACUUAAAACUGCCUUGUGACCAGGUCAACAGUCCUUCCCCAUCAGUACCCCAACUAUAAGCUUGUUUUCACUCCAUUGUUUGUACACAUGUAAAGGUUAAAAAACAUGGUUAAAAGUAUCCUGUUGAUCUCAUGGAUGGUCAGUCCUUGCAUCCAGAGAUCCAUCUGUGAUGUUGAGAGUGGUUAAAUCUAUCCAGGCCCAUCCCUCAGCUGUUAACCACAACAAGUGGUGGGAUGACCUGUUAGUUGCUUUUUAAAUCCCAGACUGCCCCUUUAAGGUUCCACCACAGAACUUGGUCUCAGAAUAACCAUGGAGAUUCAGUAGAGUCUUAAAACAAUCUAAACAAAGUCUACAUUCAAUAUUGUAUGUUUUAUAUUCUAUUCUGUUGCACUUUUACAAGUUGUGUAUUUUAUACUUUUAAAGAAUGUACCAUUUCCAAUACAUUUUAUCAAGCAUUCUGAAUGUAAGCACUUAGUGUUGUACUUGACUGUGUACUCUGUAGUGUGUGUGUGUGGGUGUGUUUGGGUGUGAGAGAGAGAGGAUGUGUUUACAUUUUUUUUGACACAAUAAAUCGUUGCGACAAUAA